AUGGCUACGCAGAGCCCGGCGGAAAGCCUGCACAGCGAAGCCUCCUGCUCCAUCUGCCUGGGUUAUUUCCAAGACCCCGUCUCCAUCCACUGCGGCCACAACUUCUGCCGGGCGUGCAUCACCCGCUGCUGGGAAGGGCUGGAGGGACAUUUCUCCUGCCCGCAGUGCAGGCAGACGGCUUUCCAGAAGAAUUUCCGUCCCAGCAGGGAACUAGCAAAUAUUGCCGAAAUCGCCAGGCAGCUGAGCCUGCGGGCAGGAGGAGGAGCAGCGGGACGGGAGGAUUUGUGCAGGCAACACCAGGAGGUUCUGAAGCUCUUCUGCAAGGAGGACCGGCAGCCCAUCUGCGUGGUGUGCGACAGGUCCCAGGCUCACCGCUCCCACACCGUGAUCCCCGUCGAAGAAGCUGCUCAGGAAUACAAGGAAGAAAUCCAAGCCCGCCUACAGGCUUUAAAGGAGGAGAGAGAAAAAUACCUGGAAAGCAAAAAAACCGGAGCAAGGAAGAGCUCGUACCUCGAGAAAACCAAAAACGAAGGGAAGAAGACAGCGUGUGAAUUCGAGCAAUUGCACCAAUUUUUGAAGGACCAAGAGCGCCUCCUCCUGACCCAGCUGGCAGACCUGGACCGGGCCAUCACCAGGGUCCAGGAGGAAGCAGUGGCGAAGGUCUCGGAGGAGAUGUCCCACCUCGACACCCUGAUCUGGGAGAUGGAGGGGAAAUUCCAACAGCCGGCGAGCCAAUUCCUGCAGGACAUCAGAAGACUCUUGAAUAGUUGCGAGAUGAAGUUCAACCCUCCGGUGGAGAUUUCCUCCGAUCUAGAAAGAAGACUUGAGGACUUUGUUCAGAGAAACGUCCUUGUGAGAGGCAUGCUGAGGAAAUGCCAAGACAGCCUGAUGUUUAAAUUGCAAGAGCCAACCAACGUGACCCUGGACCCGGCCACGGCUCACCCCAACCUUCACCUCUCCGAGGACCGAAAACAAGCCAGGGGCCAGCUGACUCAGCAGGACCUCCCGGACAACCCCGAGAGAUUCGACUUCGAACCCUGCGUGCUGGGCUGCGAGGGCUUCACCUCGGGGAGGCACUUCUGGGAGGUGGAGGUGGGGCAAGGGGGUGUCUGGGCCCUGGGGGUGGCCCGAGCAUCGGUCAAGAGGAAGGGACCGAUGAGCCUCACCCCCAAGGAGGGGGUCUGGGCGCUGGAGGCUUAUCACUCCCUCACAUCCCCCCGUGCCAACCUGCGUCUGAAUCCGCUUCCCAGGAGGAUACGGGUCUCCUUGGACUAUGAAGGGGGGCGGGUGGCAUUUUUCAGCGCAGAUGAUGAUGCUUCCAUCUUGGUUUAUACCAGAGCCUCGUUCAACGGGGAGAGGGUCUUCCCCUGGUUCAAGAUGGGGAUGGGGGCUCGUUUGCAAGAAAUCACCCAAACCCCACCCUCAGAGGACCAGUCGGUGGCCGGGCAGCUGAUGUCCCUACUGGACUGGGUAGGAUUCAGGUCUCCCCUCCGAAUCUGUCCUUGA